GCAAUUGAGCGACAGAAGCGAGGAAGGACCGAGCCCCUCUCCGCUGGAGCUGUUACCGGGAGGCAGUAGCGUCACACGCCGAGAGAGCGAGUCCCAGCCGCCGCCGCCGCCACCAGCCGCCCCGGAGAGAGAGACAGCGAGGAGCCGAGGGAAGGUCCGCCGUGAGCCGCCGCGAGAACCGAGCGAUGCCCGCGCUGCUCACCGACGCCCAGUGACACACACGAGUACCCGUCGACGAGCGGAUAGAGAGAGAGAGGAAGAGAACCGUGAUUUUCUUUUUUUUAGUUUGAAAGAGAAAACCUGAACACACGGGACGAGCAGCCGCUUAGCACCGGAGGCUCCACCGCGUCGCGCCCCGCGGAUCAACCCGAGCGGACCGUUGGGUUCUUCUCAAUGCUCUAACGGCCCCCCCAACCCCGGUUCGAGACGCGAGAGGCACCAGGAGGAAACUAACCGAGCCGCCGCCAGGAGAAGAAGACAUUUUGGGGGCUUGUUUUGGGGUUUUUCUGGUUGUUGUUUCAAUUUUUUUUUAUCUAAUCGUUUCCGUGGAUCCUGGUUCCCGGUGCCACCAUCAAGCUGUGUUCUCUAACCAUGGGAUGUACUCUGAGCGCGGAGGAGCGGGCGGCUCUGGACCGGAGCAAAGCCAUCGAGAAGAACCUGAAGGAGGACGGGGUCACCAUGGCCAAGGAUGUCAAGCUGCUGCUGCUGGGGGCUGGAGAGUCAGGGAAAAGCACCAUCGUCAAACAGAUGAAGAUCAUCCACGAGGACGGUUUCUCUGGUGAUGACGUUAAGCAGUACAAGCCUGUCGUGUUCAGCAACACCAUCCAAUCCCUGGCUGCCAUCGUCCGUGCCAUGGACACACUGGGGCUGGAGUACGGAGACAAAGAACGCAAGGCGGACGCUAAGAUGGUGUGUGACGUCGUCAGUCGUAUGGAAGACACAGAGCCUUACUCUGCUGAGCUGCUCUCCUCCAUGAUGCGCCUGUGGUCCGACUCCGGUCUCCAGGAGUGCUUUAGCCGCGCCCGAGAGUACCAGCUCAACGACUCAGCGCAGUACUACCUAGACAGCCUAGAUCGGAUUGGUGCAACGGACUACCAGCCGACAGAGCAGGACAUCCUGAGGACCCGAGUGAAGACCACCGGCAUCGUCGAGACACACUUUACCUUCAAAAACCUUCACUUCAGGCUGUUUGAUGUGGGAGGUCAGAGGUCAGAGAGGAAGAAGUGGAUCCACUGUUUUGAGGAUGUCACAGCUAUCAUUUUCUGUGUGGCGCUCAGCGGCUAUGACCAGGUGCUGCAUGAGGACGAGACCACGAACCGCAUGCAUGAGUCUCUGAAGCUGUUUGAUUCCAUCUGUAACAACAAGUGGUUUGACGACACGUCCAUCAUCCUCUUCCUGAACAAGAAGGACAUCUUUGAAAGCAAGAUCGCCAAGUCGCCACUGUCCAUCUGCUUCCCUGAAUACAUUGGACCUGACACCUACGAGGACGGAAUAGCCCACAUCAAGUCUCAGUACGAGAGCAAGAACAAGUCGACCAAGAAAGACGUCUACUCCCACGUGACCUGCGCCACCGACACCAACAACAUCCAGUUUGUCUUUGACGCUGUCACUGAUGUCAUCAUAGCCAAUAACCUGCGGGGCUGUGGCCUUUACUGAGGAUGCUGUUAAAUGUUAGUCACAGGGUGUUGAACGAGGUUUUAGCCAAGUAGGUGUCACAAGGGUAAAUACUUGUGCUGCCUACGUAGUUGAAAUCAUAUGGUUAUGUGGCUUCUGUCAGUGAUGCUAUCAUGUGACAGGAAGUCAAAUAUGGGGGUUAUAUCGUACAACUUAACCACACGGCUGAUCAUUGCUUCAGCUUGACUUUUAAUUAUUGAUUUGCCUGGUUGGUUGAGACUUCUUUUAACCUAGUUGUCUUUUUUUUUGAUUCCUUGUGUCGGCUCCGGAAGAGGAACCGGCAGCAGCAUCCAGUAAGACUGUUCUUUGUGUGUUUGUGCGCCUAAAUGCCAAAUGUGCUGCUUGUGUGCUCCAGCAAUCUUAUACAAUACCCACAGUAAACUCUUGAGGGACACAAGGUUCCUGAGAUGAAUUUGUACAUACACAAAAGUGCCUUAUUCAUAGAAGUGGACUGAAUGCAGUUCAAGUGCAUCCCUCUUAGAGUUAACAUCCACAUUGAUAAAGUGGGAAUCCCUCUUCUCCCACCCUGAACUAUUUCCAAUCAUUUUUUAUUGGGCUUGAAGUUAUAUACCACAGACACAUGCCUUAGUCCAUUGAAAGAUGGAUUUACAACUGCUCUAAACUAUGUCCUGCAGUGAGUCCCAUUCAAAGUCAAACUUAUCCCCAGUUUUGUUCAGAAAACACUUAUAACUGGAUUGUGCCCAGCAAACCCAGAACACUGUCAGAUGGUUCAUCAUCUCAAACUUCAUGUCAUGGGACAUCCUGCUGGUCCCGUGGUUCGAGGCCAUAUGUUAUCACUGCAAAGUCCCCAUUUUGAUUCCCUUGCAUUUUAUUCCCCUCUUGCUCUCUCUCUCUCUUUCUGUGUUUCUGGAAAACGUGGACUUGUGCCAUGUUGUGAUAUUUUGUAUUUAUUCUGAGGAGGAUCCUGCUCGGUCGACUGUUGCACUUCGCCUUCGUGCUUCAAACCAUGGCACUUCACCUCAAUACCUUUGAGCAAACAAGAAUAUAAAAGACAUUAUGAACCCAAUUAUAACGGAUAAAUACAGAAAAGACAGAGAAGUGGUUCAUAGACAUAUUACAGAAUUUUUUCAGGUUACAAAAUCGUUUAUCUGCUUCGUAUAAACUACACAGCCACAGUUUAUACAGUAUAAGUGAAUAGUGUUAUUUCCAGUCAGUGUUUGAAUCCAAAGGCCAUUAGGUUGAACUGUUGAUGCUUUUCACUGUGAGUGAAACAGUGCUUUUGAUUGAAUCUAGAAAACCAAAUGGACGUGUUCUCGUUUCUUUGUUGCUAUUCGUGUGAGGAGGAGGAAGAGGAGGAGGAGGAGGCUGCCGUCAUCCUUCAUCACCACUGGUCAUAUUUUAGGAUUGACUCUCCCGCCUCUAGUUUUGCAGAAUGCCAGGAUCCACUAUAAAUAUCACUUUUUACGUAGAAGUACCAGAGCCAGUGUGCUGACUCAACCGGCAACUCCCAGAUAUUAGAUAUUGCUUCAAUGGAAGCAUUGAUUUUAAAUCGUCCCCAGGGCCAGAUCCAUUGUGUCGGGCUGCACAGUGUAACAUCCCUCUUGUCCACCACGCCGCCCUAAUAAGCCAGCAGUGAGCUUUGAAAGAUGCUGCUGGUGAGCACACACAGUCCUGUGGGAUAGGAAUGUCAACCUUGUGACUGUAGUCUGAGCCGUGAUGUUUCACAGGUUUUGCUGAAUGAGUUUCCUCUCUGGUGGCGGCCAGAGCUGCCGUAGGAUUGAGGUCUGAUGCAGCGCUCAGCCUAGGUGAACUGGAAAUUGAUGCGUGUUGUUUUUUGGGACGGUUUGAAUUUUGAGCCUUGGCGUUAAAGCCAGAGAGAUGCACCUCGAAAACAUAAUGGGCUCCUCCCUCCUCUCUGUUCUCUGCAGAAGUUUACAGCGUCACAUAUUAACUGAGCUCGGUUCCUUUAGUUAUUCAUGAGCAAGGCAUUUAUUCCACCCUCCCUCCAAACUCUGAACAGCGAGAUCGUGUCACCUCCCUCCGCUCGGGGCUGCCAUCUUAUCUCUAAUCAGGUAGAUGAUGUCAUCAGCUCUCCCUCACACAUCUGUGCCAACGUUUUCUAACUAGACACAGAUAGCUACCUAAGGCAACAUCCUGUGUGUGGCUGUGUGUGUGUGUAUCUGUUACCUUCAUGUGUGUGUUGAUUUUAGGAAAGGUAUGUGUGCGUGCGUUCAUGCUCAUGAACAUGUGUUGCGUAAGAGACAACAUCAGCCCAUGGGUGUUGCGCUGGAGCCAGUAUUUGUGGAUUAAUUACCCAGAAGGCACCAGUCUACCCUUUCCACACACACACACACACACACACACACACACACACACACACACACACACACACACACACACAGACAUGCACACAUGCACACGCAAAGGCACUGAAGACACAAACACACCCUUGGGACUCUCCAAAUGUCACAACACCUUCCUUGGCAGCACCAGAUAAUACCACCGCACUCAGCCAAGGAGCCUCAGAUGUUUCCAGGUUCUUUUGCCAAACAAGACGUCUGCUGCCUCUUGUGCUGUGAGUUUAGUUGAUCAUCGUCUCCUCUGUCUCAUUACAUCCACUACGUGUGAAAUGAUCUUCCUGCUUUUGCUGUUUGAUUGUUGAUGUCAGGACGACAGGAUGUGAAAUAUGCAUAAAGUUUUGGGCCUGACAUUAAUGCAGAAAAGAUGAAAGCAGUUUCGAGCACUUAACUUUCACUUCUCACUCCUGUCAGUGGUUGGAUCGUGUUUAGAAGCUUCUCUCCUGUUUUAAUGCACAAGUGUGCACGAGUUCUCUUUUCUGUGUCACUUCCGUAGAUUUCAAACAUAUAUUUCACAUGUUUCAACAAGCGUCUGUUACUUUUGUUAAUUGUACUUUAGUAUUGCAGGAUAAUUACACGAUCCAGGAUUUAUUGUUGUCUCACAUGAUGGAGGCGAAGAUGCUCGUGGAGACGUUUCUGUUGUAAUUAAAUCAGGACGCUUCAUGCCUGAGAGCCUAAAGGGCGGGCAGCGGGCAGCGGUAGACACAAGCUGUGGAACAACCAGCUUGUGAAAUUUCCAUCCACACCAACUUAGCAGGCUCCUGUUAACAUUUAGGUGAUUUAUUUGCCCUCAGGGUGGAAACAGCAGUUCUCUGCUCGAGCGCUCGGCUUCUUUCCUGCCUGUGUCGACCUCAGUGCACAGGUAGAGGUGAUUCUACAGCCAGUAUUCUGCUGUACAGAUUCUUCCCUGGUUUACUCAUUAAUUCAGAGUGCGAUCAGAUGUAUUUACAGUAAGAAUACCCAUCAAUUCAAAAUAUGUAAGAUCACAAAUAAUAUUUCUAUUUAAGCAAGGGCGAUAACCGUGUUAUUUAAAUGAAUUGCUACAAGUUCUAUUCGGUAAAAAUCAGUUCUGUCUCCGUCCUUUCAGCAUGAAGUCACCUUGAAAUCAUUCAAAAUGCAGCAUUCAGGCAUUUCAACACAAAGUGAGCGUAAUGUGAUUAUUUUACCGUUGUGAAAAAUCCAUUAACAUUAUGUAAAAACCCGUCUCUCAAUUGUAUAUUGUAUUUCCGGUGUGGAUCACAUCUAGAGAACAACGUUAUCACAGCAGGGACACGCUGGUGAUGUUGCCUUACUCAUUUUAACAAACACAUUACAGGCCCAGUCUCUUUGAGAGCAUAAUUGAUCUGCUCAUUUUCAAAGAUGUGGCUCAGGAAAGAGAUUUAUUGACUGUUUGGUUAACUACACAUUGACCAGGGAAGAGCAUCCAUCCAAUGACACGUCAUCAAGGGGGCAAACAAUGAGCUCUUAAAUCUAGCCGGCAAAUAGAAGAUGUAUUUGACACUUAUUUGACAUCUAAUCUGGAGCUGGAAGUAACUUGAGUUGAAAUCUCCGCCAACCGUCCCCUUAAAUUCAGUCUGGCUGCACCACAUUUUACUCAUGUUAAGACUUAACCUCCUUAUUGAAGCUACGAUCACUUCCUCCAUUUUGGCUCUAUACGGUCAGCAGUGGCAGGGCGGAGUGCUGUUGGUCAAUAAGGAAAAGUUGCACGUCGCAGUUCAACAAUUUCAUUUGAGACAAAACUUCAGGUCGACUAACUAUAGCAGAUCCAUUGGAAUGAAUUAGUUUUGCAGCAGAGUUUUGCUUCUUCACAGAAACUGUCACUUGUGAGGUGAUACAUGCAAAUUAACAGUUACAAUGAAAUGGACUGAAACCAAUUUAACAAAAGUUUGGAGGACUCAAGCACAGAGAGGAGAGUGAAACGUUGUGCUCUGUUUGAGCUUCAACCAACUGAGCUCAGUGAUACAAAUCAAACGAGAGAGGUGUGAACCUUCACACUCCAAACAUGUCUCAUCUCACAUAUGAUUCUUCUUUGAGUCUUUGUUUCUUAGGAGGAAACGUCCUCACUUUCCCUCUCUGACCCGCUCUGCUCUCCUCUGGCUGCAACACUGACGCUCCAAAGCUAUUAGUGGUUUAUAGGGUGAAGACAGGAUUGAUACUUCCACAGUGUGUGUUUGUGUGUGUGUGUGUGCAUGCAUGUGUAUGUGUGUGUGCUUUUCACAUCCCGUCCCUGCUCCUGAUGAAGGACUAAUAAACCCCCAAACAACCAGUGGGAAAUCACAUCAACAGGCGAGGCCAAGAAGACAUUGGGUAAUGUGGUUUAUGUUUCGCUUCGGCCCCAAUAAGAAAUCCGUGUUUUUCCUGUAUGAAAGGAGAGAUUUGUGGGUAAUGUAGUUUGAGGCCAUGUUACAGAGGGUUUAUGGGCAACACAGUUUGAUGAUAACCCUGCAGGUCCUUUCAGGUAACACAGGUCCUGUGGUGUCUGGGCUGCAGCUGCUGUUCCAGAAGAGACGCCUGCACCUGCUAGCUAUUAAAAACAAGUUGUUGAAAUGUCACAACAGCCAAAGGAAGAACUGAUCAGACUGAACAGUUACAUUUCACCAUAUUGAUUAAAAACAGUUUUUUUCUCUCUGCUGCCGUAUUUAUGCUUUCAAAUUUAGAGAUAAGAGUUUCGCCUGCAGAUAUUGAGUCGUCUUUAUAAUGCGUUUAGUUCUGAGGCCGACAGAUGAAACGAGCACUGGAGCCUCUGUAGGAGGUCAGAACGCCCGGGCAGCACCCGACCACAACGAGCCUGGGUAGAAGUAAAGAGUCUGACCCGGUAGACGUCCUCACACUCGUGCUCUCACCGCUGCCGCUCUUUUCAGCUUCAUCCGUCCGAACCAAACAACACCUGUCUAUACUGUACAGAUCACCUGAAGGCAAAAUGUGUGUUUACUUGUAUGUGUCUUGAGCAAGUGCUGUAUUUCACUGAGCACUGUGAGUUGAAAUGUGUCUGCUGUAUCUCCGUCACUGCUGUGAUAAUUUAUUGAACGUUGUAUUUAUACGUAAAAUAAAACGAUAAUAAAGGACCACGUGAAUAAC